CUUUCUUGUUUAAAAUUAUCGAUCUUAUAUUAUAUAAAUACAUUAUUAAUGAACCACUGUUUAUAGGCUAAAACCCUCCCUAAGACCUUCGAAAGAGUUGUCUCCAAUUCUCCGAUUUACAGAGGAAAGAGAAAAUUAAAUUAAAGUUGCUCAAAAAUGGCGAGAAUUGGAUUAACCUACUUGAUCCGUUCUCAAGCGACUCAACUCAUUUCCAGAAAUGUUUCUUCAGUUUCAGGUUAUAACAGCAUUAGGUCAGAAGCACCAAGACUAUACCCAAAUGCAGAAUUAUAUUCUAGCUCUUCUAUUCUAACUACUUUCCAGAAGAGGUGGGCAUCUCACAGCCCUAAAACACAAGAUGACAACAAGAUCAGCAUUGGACCACGUAAAGGGCUAGAAGCUGGUGAAGAUGGCAAGGAUGCUGGGGUGGCCUAUUAUGGUCCAAUUUCAUCCACUAUCAGGAAAGUGAAGCUUCUCUCCCUUUCCACCUGCUGCCUAUCUGUAUCUUUGGGGCCUGUGAUAACCUUUAUGACAUCCCCGGAAAUGAAUGUGAUCUUGAAAGGUGGUGUUGCAGCUUCUGUCAUGUUCUUCAGUGCUACUACCACUGCUGUCCUUCACUGGUUUGUGAGCCCUUACAUUCAUAAGAUCAGGUGGCAACCUGGUUCUGAUACCUUUGAGGCAGAAAUGAUGUCGUGGUUGGCUACCCCAAUAACCAAGACUAUAAAAUUUUCUGAUAUAAGGGUCGCAGAGACCAACAGGCCGUUCGUGACGUUCAAAGCUAACGAAACCUUCUAUUUCGUGGAUGCAGACCACUGCCCAAACAAAGCUUUGCUUGCCAAAUUGACUCCGCAGAAAUCUACUCAUGACUCUGCCUUCAAGAACUUGUGAUUGAACAAUUGCCCAACGGAGAUUCUGUAGUAUACUAUCUCCUUAAGUUGGUUUCUUUUAACACUUCUUAGUCUACAGUGACUUUUUUUAAGUGAGUCAAACAUUGAAUUGCCUGACAGAUGAAAACACAAUGUCCUGAGGUUUUUGUCUAUUAUAAGUGAAAUAAUGCGCUUGUUUAUGAUGUUGGAAGUGCAUUGCAAUA